CGACGGGAACACGGGAUGCAAAGAAAGCAACCCCUAUCCCCACCAAAGACACGGAGGCGGAGCUCAGCUGGGACUUGGGACGGCGAGGAUGGGCACCGACGCGACGCAGCUCCCAAAGAUCGACUUCUCCGGCGUGGACCCGUCGGCGCCGGGCACCGGGACCUGGUCGGCGGUGCGCGCCCAGGUGAUGGACGCGCUGGCCACGUUCGGCUGCUUCGACGCGGAGUACUCGGCCCUGACGCCGGAGCAACGCGCCGCGCUCUUCGACGGCGCCGCGAGGCCGCUCUUCGCACUGCCCGUCGACACCAAGCGCCGCAACUACUACGGCGCCGACAAGCCCUACCACGGCUACCUCGGCGGCCUCCAGGGCUACGACGGCUACGAGAGCCUCGCCAUCAUCGACGGCAACAAACCCGAGCCCGUCCGCGACUUCGCCGGCCUCAUGUGGCCCGACGGCGGCAGCAACGACGGCUUCUGCAAUGCCGUCCAUGGCGUGGCGGCGCGGAUCUUUGAGCUGGAAGCGGCGGUGCGGAGGAUGGUGAUGGAAGGGCUCGGGGUGGCCAAGUACCACGACGCGCUGAGCGCGUCGACGUGGCACCUGUUCCGGAUGUCGGAGUACCAGGCGCCCAGCGCCGCGGAGAAGACGGUCAGGUUCGGGUCGCAUCAAGACACCAAUCUGCUCAGCGUCGUGUGCCAGCACGAGGUGGAGGGGCUGGAGACGCAGACGAGGGACGGGCAGUGGGUCCUCGUCAGGCCAUCGCCGACGUCGCUCGUCGUCAUGGUCGGCAACGCGCUCCGGGCAUGGACAAACGACCGUAUGCACGCGCCAUUUCACCGGGUUACCGUCCCUGGGGAUGUCAAUAGAUACUCUGCCAUCCUGUUCUCGAACCUCAGCGGCAAGAUUCAGGCGCCCGAUGAACUUGUGGGUGAUGAUCACCCUCCUCGUUUCAAGCCUUAUUACCACGACGACUUCGUGCGAUUCUCCGUUUCUGAGGAAGACGCUCGCCACGAAGAUAAGCUCAGGGCCUACUGUGGAUUAUAGGCAACAUAAUGCGUCUGCAGUUCAGCCCGGUACACCAGUGUAGAAUCUGCUCUGAGAGACUGAGAUCAGAUCACCCCUGCAUACGAGAACGUUUGCAGUACACCCUUGAGUAUAUUUAGGUCCUGUUUGGUAGGGCUCAAUGAGCGGCUCCACGAGCUGCUCCAGCCGGAGCCCUGCCAAACGAUGGUUUGGGAACCAGCUCCACAUGUGAAGCCCCUGCUGGAGCCGCCGCCGGCUUCCACAGGCGACGUGAAGCCAGCAAAACGAGGCUCUGCGCGGCUCCGGCAGCGGACCAUUGCCCUUCCUUCCACGAUUGCCCCUAAACUUUGCUGGAAUAACCACAAUUUUGCCACUCCCCCAACCCUCCAAGCCCCGACGGGAGAAAAAAAAAAGAGUGCUCACCAUCCUCCCGUUCCCCUGCUCCCAGCGAUACAGAGAGGCCAUGAAUCCUCUCCGGCAGCCGCCGGCGGCGGCGGCGCGCAGGGAGGGCUCCCUG